GGGCAUAGGCCAUGAGGAAGCGGUGAUGCUGUUUACGUGCUUCUGCCGGUAGUUGCCGCUCGCAACGAGCAACUUGAGCAGCGGAGGAAGAGAAAACGACGGGGGAAAAAAAGUGGGCAAGCAUGGCGGUGGGCCUUCGCUCCGUCUGCUUUGUGUUGGUGUGCCUGAGUGGGGAGGUGUUGUCCGGGCGGGAUUUCUACAAGAUCUUGGGGGUUUCUAAAAGCGCCUCGGUGAAGGAUAUCAAGAAGGCUUAUCGUAAGCUGGCCCUGCAGCUACACCCGGACAGAAACCCGGACGAUCCGGUGGCACAGGAGAAGUUCCAGGAUUUGGGGGCUGCUUAUGAGGUUUUGUCUGAUGAAGAGAAGAGGAAACAGUAUGAUAUGUAUGGUGAAGAGGGUUUAAAGGAAGGUCGGCAAGGUUCUCAUGAUGACAUCUUUUCACACUUCUUUGGAGACUUUGGUUUUAUGUUUGGAGGAAGUCCUCGACAUCAAGAUAGGAACAUUCCCCGAGGAAGCGACAUAGUAGUGGACCUUGAAGUUACACUGGAAGAAGUAUAUUCAGGCAAUUUUGUAGAAGUUGUACGAAACAAGCCAGUGGCAAAGCAGGCUCCAGGAAAGAGGAAGUGCAAUUGUAGACAAGAAAUGAGAACAACACAGUUGGGUCCUGGAAGAUUUCAAAUGACCCAGGAGAUGGUUUGUGAUGAGUGUCCCAAUGUAAAGCUUGUCAAUGAAGAGAGAACACUUGAGGUGGAGAUAGAGCCUGGAGUUAGAGAUGGAAUGGAAUACCCUUUCAUUGGAGAAGGUGAACCACAUAUAGAUGGAGAGCCUGGUGAUCUUAAAUUCAAAAUUAAGGUUUUAAAGCACCCAGUAUUUGAAAGACGGGGUGAUGAUCUCUAUACUAAUGUCACAAUUUCAUUAGUGGAAGCACUGAUAGGUUUUGAAAUGGAUAUUUCUCAUUUGGAUGGACACAAGGUUCAUAUAGUUAGAGACAAGAUUACAAAACCUGGUGCAAAACUAUGGAAGAAAGGAGAGGGGUUACCAAAUUUUGACAACAACAACAUCAGGGGUUCACUAAUAAUAACCUUUGAUGUGGAUUUCCCCAAGGAAAAACUUACUGAUGAUCAGAAGGAAGAUAUCAAGAAUCUGCUUAAACAAGGACCAGUGAAGAAAGUCUACAAUGGGCUUCAGGGAUAUUGAUGUAAAGACAAAUGAAACAGACUUUUAUGUGAAAAUGAAAAUUUAAUUAUUUAUUAUCUGAGGUUUCCAAUGUUGAAUGUUUUCCGUAUUUUGGGUUUGGGGAGGGUGGGGAAUUGCUGAUCUUUUAAAAAUUGAAAUCUGUAUACUUGUGCUUCUAAACAACAGUUAACUCUCCUUCCACAUCUUUCCUCUUGCCCUUGCCCAUUAAUAAAAAAGAAAGUUAACUGGCCAAAAGAGAAAAGAUGUUGUAUAAGGUGAAUGGAUGUCUUUAAAUGCCUUUACUCCAAGCAGAAAGGGCUUCUCUUCACCUUUUUAAAAGAUGUUCUUUACUUGUAAAACUGUUAAUUCUUUUUCAAUUUUGAAUAUAAGAAGCAAAUAUACAGAUUACCACACACUGAAAAUUAUUUGCAUAUACUUCAUUAAACUUUGGGUUGUUUUGAGACUUAUUAGCCGUGUGCUGCUCCAGAGGUUACAGUAAUUACUUCUGUAGUCUCUCGUGGGUUGUGGAAAAAUGCAACAUUAUUUUUCUCAGAUAUUGUUUGGGAUUAAUCUAUUCCAACCCAAAAAGGGUUGUGAAUUGCUUUUGACAGUUUCUGAAACUUCGAGGGAACAGUUUGAGUAUGACUGCGAUACAACUAAUUUACUGUACAGCGCUUUACAUGAAUAAAAUUAAAUUGAAAAUUACAUUUAUGGAAAUGUGCAGUGAUAAUGACAAUGUUAUAAAUUCAAUUAAUUAGAAAAAAUAUUGAGAAGGAAAAUACACCAGUCCCAUUCAGCAAAAAAAAGUUGCAUCAGUUUUUGUAUAUGCUGGAGAAUGGAGUACAGUACUCAUCAUUUUUUUCCAGAAAUGACUGUUUCAAAAUGCUUAAGGUACUACUUGAAAAUUUAAAAAGCUGGACUGCAAUUUAAUUUGGAUAUCAGAAAAGACACUCUGACUAAAGUGCUCUUUACAGACAUUGUAACAGGAUUUUUACAAUUUUAAUUUCAUACUGAUCUUCCUUGCAUAAGCUAUAACUAUAGCAGAAUGAGAAAUAGCAAAAAUAUUGGGCAGUUCUUUGUUAUAUUUUGAAGUAGAAAGAAUGUUUAUUAGGUACUUGAUUAUUUGACACAUAGAGGGACACAAUUUGAAAAGAUUUGUAUGGUUCAACUGUAUUUCCAUGUGAUGCUCCAUUUAUAUAUUAAAACUUUAGCAAUUCUAUCUAUUCAUUAUUAUUUAAUUGAAACAUACGGUAGUUUUUUAUAUAUUGCUGUUUUCAUAAUUUAGGAUUACAACAUUGUGAUCUGGUUUUGAAUCAGUAAAAUGCUGUACAUUUCUACUGAUCAUUUCUCCCACAUCCUCCUGUUUUAAUGCAAAUGUUUCCUCAUUAUUUCUACUCCGAACAAAAAUACCAAGAAUUUUAUUUUUGAAAGUUCUUGGUGUGGACAAUAGAUAUGCUUUAAGAUGAAACAAAAUUUUUUUUUUGUAUAUAUGUAGUGAAGUUAAAAACUGUUAGUGUUCUGUUAAGACAUCUUUAUGAAGUCAGCAAAGUUUCACAAUUAAAAUCACUAAACAUGCAUUGAAAAUUUCCUUGUCUGGAUAAUGUAGAUAUAUGAAAUGACAAAUUGUUUGUUGUGAUUUUAAACACAGAUUUACUUCAGGUCACUUUCAAAAUGUUAAUCCUUUUUAGAUGAUUGGCAAUUGAAGUAUGCAUUUCUGUUUGAGAGCGUAGGUUUUUCUAAUGUGUUUCAAAUGAGUGAGUGAAUUAAUUCAAUAGUUGAUUACCUCUAUAAACAACCUGUUUUUAUAAUUUCAAACAAGUUGAUUGUUUAAAAUUAUAAAACUAAUGUUUUUAUCAUUUUAAUUAUAAAUCUUUGAUACUGAUUAAUCUUAAAAAUCUACAGUAAAUUCAGUCCAUUGGAAUAUGAUCUGGAUAACUA